AUGGGGUUCUCGACGUGUGUUCGUUUUCGCGGCCGCUUCACUCUCGACGAACUCGACAAUCUCGAGCUAGAAGUGACAUCUAUAGACAAAGGCGCUACCUUCCAGACUUCUCUCUCUCGAAUCCAUGUCUCUCCCCAUGCGAGACCUGAAAAUGAUGUAGAGGGCCUCAUCCAAUUCAGCAAUCCGGGUCUAUGUGCUCUGGUCAUAGAUAGUCUACGUGGGCUACCCUUGGGUCCACAAGCCAGCGCGCUCGAGUUUCUUCGGGUCGACGGGACGCCGCUCGGCCCAUGCGCCGUCCCCGAGUGGCAUACUCGGAUCAUCUCACCUUUACCUCCCGGAACGUCGAAGGUCAUUCUUCUGGAGGCGGUGAGGAAGUACGAAGCCGACAGCGUUGCCGGCAUCUUUUACAACAUCGGUGGGCUCGUGCGCUUUACAUCAGCGCACGCCGCGAAGGCAGCAGAGGACGACGCGGCCUUGAAGAAGUUGCUUAUCUUGGACAGCUCGGUCACUGAACUGUCGCCCAGGGUCUCUGAAGACGAUCUCCGCGCGUUAUUCGAAACGCACGGAGUCAUCACUGACAUCUACCUCAAUCCCGAGAAGAAGACGCGUGGCCGACUGAGCCGCUAUGCAGUAGUCAGCUUCAGCUUGGCCGCGGGAGCCGCGGCCGCUAUCCGAGCGAAUAAUGGAAAUAUAUUCUUCGACCGCACUUUGCGGUUAUUUUUCAGUGAUGCGAACUGGGGGUCCAACGCACACAAAGCGAAUGCGAGUACGACGGCUCCUCCUUCAUCCUCCAACGUCCCCCCUGCCGACGUCGCGGCGCUCGAAGCUGCGUUCAUUGCCGAGAUCAAGACGCGAAUUUCCUGGCAGCGCAAAGCUGGAGAAAGGUCUUGGGCGAGCCCCGCCGAGGAGCGAGAUGCGCUCCGAAUUGCGCUCCGAAUCGAGCGCGACGAGGCCCUGCACAAGCUCGAGGUAACCGAGUCGCGCAGGAAGAUGCUCGAGAUGGACCUCGAGAUGUGGCGGGAGAAGUACCGCGCGCUGCAGACGCGCACAGACGUGGAGCUCCGCGAGUUGCGGGAGGAGCAGGCGCGCCAGCAAGACGAGCAGACGCGUCGACGUGACGAACAGGCGCGCAAUCAUGCCGAGAAGGACAAGGCCGACAAAGCCAAGGCCGAGAAGGCCGAGAAGGAGCGCCUGGCAAAGGAGGCGAAGGACGCGCGCUGGCGGAAGGAGGAGCAGGAGCGGCACGCAAAGGCGGAGGCCGCCCGCCUUGCGAAGGAGGCAGAGGAGCGGCGGCUUGCAGAGGAAGCCGAGGUGCGACGCCGUGCGGAGGAAGAGCAGCGGCGCCUCGAGGAAGAGGCCGCGUGUCAGAGGCGUCGGCUGGCUGCUGCCGCCGCGGAGGAGGAGCGCUGCGUUCUUCGCGACGCGCGCUGGCCUUACCGAUGGCCGUAUACCAGCUGGACUUCCCAACACGCGUGUGAUCGGUACAUGUUGGUCAGUCAGGAGUUCGACUCGCCGGUGAACUCCUUCUCCGACGCGCACCCGCUCGUCGCGCGCAGCGUACCCUGGCCGGUUCUCGAGCACCCCGCCUCCUUCGAUAUCAGCUCGCUCACCUGGGGAAAUGUCGAGUGUUUUACCAGCGCGAUGAAGGGGAUCAUGACCGACGCUGAGUAUCGGGCGUUCCUCAAGAACGCCAGGCUUCGCUUCCACCCAGACAAGUGGGCGGCGCGGAGAAUAUUGCAGGCAGUGGUAGACGAUGAAACGCGCGCGCAGAUGGAAGAGGCAUGCAAGACUGUGUCGCAGGCAAUCAACGAUGCGCGCUUCGCGGAUUCGCACAUGCCGAUCCCCGCAAGAAGUGCUCGUGGUUGCAUGAGCGAGAGCUCAGGGGUCACCGAUGUCCGAAGUGCGGCAGUUUCCGAGUGGGACUCGCACGACUCCUUGCUUUCAACCACAAUGACUCGAUAUGCCCUGACGUUGACAAUGGUCUCAUUCUCAGCUGAGGCUCCCAAUUGCGACAAAGCCAUCUCUUCACUCCGAGAUACUCCCAUAGGCCCCAACGGAGCUGCGCUGGAGCCUCUGCGCGCAGAUGGAGAGCAACUACUACCCGAUCCUCCGCAAUACUCGCGCAUCGUCUCUCCGCUGCCCAACGGAACCUCGAAAGCCGUACUCCUCGAUACAGUCAAGCAAUAUGGGCUAAUUGGAGGUGUCAAUAUCUUCAACCAUAUCGGCGGGCUGGUCCGUUUCUCGACUGCGGAGGCGGUGCAGACGGCGGAGAGGGACGCAGCUUGGGGCCAGCUGCUUAUUCUGGGAGAGAAGGUAUCGAUGCGAGCGGUAGACGAGAAGAAGCUGUUCUGUACGGACUUGUCGCCAAAAGUAACCGAGGACAAACUGCGGACACACUUUGAGAAACACGGGACCGUAGCAAACGACCGCGGCAGCCAUUCGAGCCAACCACGGGAAGGUCUUUCAGGAUCGACCGCUGCAUUUGGUGUACGGCGACUCAAACUGGGUUACACCGAUUUCUUGCCCUUCCUGCUCGACCCGUCGCAACACGAGCACUCAUGGGAAUACAUAUGUUUUCCCCUUAUGCAAUCUUCAAUACAGGGUUCCGCUCUCGCUGAGCUCGAAGCUAUCGUCGUUUCGGAAUUUCAAUACCGAAUAUACUGGCAAGCACAAGCCGCACACAACGCUGCCUGUCAUUAUCAGUCACAAGCGGAGGCUUCCAUCGAACUGCAGGAAUGCGAGGAAACCGCCAAGGCGGAACGCAAGUGCUUCGAGCUCGAACGUACGCAGUGGGCUGCGAAGCGGGCGCAGCUGGUCAGCGAUUGUGCCCAGCUGAGAGCCGAGCGUGACCGGCUACAAGGCGAACGCGACGAGGCGCUCCCGAAGCUCGACGAGGCGCUCCACAAGCUCGACGUCGCCGAGUCGCGGCGGAAGAUGCUGGAGAUGGACCUCGAGGCGUCGCGGCAGGAGGAGCGACUACAAGCAACUCGCGCGGCGAAGGCUGAGCGCGCUCUCCGCGAUGCUCUCGCUGAUCAGGAGCGACGACGCGCCGAAGAAGCUCGAGCUGCGAAAGCCGAGCAGGAGCGUCUCGCCAGGGAGGCCGCCGAACAGCGUCGGAAGGAGGAAGAAGACGCGCGACGCGCGCAGGCGGAGGCGAAGCGUCAAGCGGACUACGCCAAGCGUCAAGCAGAGGAAGCAGAACAACGUCUUCGCGCACGGGAGGAAGCUAGUAAGCGUCGCGCAGAGGAACGCCAGGCUCGCCGACGCGCCGCCGCCGCCGCCGAAGAGGAACGCUGCCUCCUCCGCGACGCGCGCUGGCCGCACCGAUGGCCGUUCUCCAGCUUCACCGUCGUGAACGCACGCGACCGCUUCCUGGCGGUCAGCCAGGAAUUCGACUCCCCUGCGACCCCCUUCUCCGAUACUCAGCCGCUCGUCGCGCGCAGCGUGCCCUGGCCCGUCCUCGCGCACCCCGCCGCUUUUGAACUUGCUUCCCUUACCUGGGAUAUGGUCGAGAAAUUUACCAAGGCGAUGAAGACGAUCAUGACCGCGGACGAGUACCGGACGUUCCUCAAGAACGCGAGGCUCCGCUUCCACCCGGACAAGUGGGCCGCGCGGAGGAUUCUACAGGCGGUGGUAGACGACGAGAUGCGCGCGCAGAUGGAGGUCGCGUGCAAGCUUGUGUCGCAGGCGAUCAACGAUGCGCACGCCACACUCAUGCUCGCCACGCUCGUCUGCCAGCUCAUAGUGCUCCAGCAGAAUAUCCUGCAGCACACCCUUCCCAUCGUCAGUGGCAUUGAUCCAUCGUCGUCGGCCUCCGUACAGAGUUUUCACGGGUACCGGUUCAUAGGGCUGGUCUUCCUUCAGGGUCGGGUGCUUCGCGAUCACCCUCGCGCAGAGUGGGCACGUAUAGGAUGUCCAAGGCUGGAAGUGCUCGCCGAGGACGUGCGCGGCGAAGUUGGCGCGGCUGGUCCCCUUGCUGAGACUGCAGUGCACGCGAGGGGAUCGCUGGUAAGGCAUGAGUUCAGCCCUAGUCAAUCUAUACCCCGCCUGUAG